UGGUGAUAUCUGAACGCCACACAGCAGGAAGAUGAGGAGCGGGGAGGACAAAGAGAGGAUUAAGUGCCAAAUAAGGAGAGGAGGGCGAGGUGACAAAACAAGCGCUCUUCAGACUACUCUUUACACUUCAAAGACAAGCAAUGCUGACUUUCAGGCUUUUACUUUGAAAAGCAUCGGCGGAAUCAAACACACGAUCAUGGACGUGCAGGAUCAAGCAAGCAUUUCAGUUGUACAUCUACCAGUUGUCUCACCGCUCUACCCGUCCAUUCAACACUGCUCUUCAUCAUCAUCAAGUUCUACUGGACUAAACGGCGUCUCCUUUCUAGUCCCGCCCACCGUGGCCACGCUGGCGCCUCUGUGCCCAACUCCCCGACCACCUCCGUCAUUCUGUCGCCGAGCAACGCCAGCGCCCGCCCUGUCGGGUGUCAAAGGUGACAGCUUUGCAUCAAGCGAUUGUCUGGAUGGAGUUCCGCCCGAAGGAGCUCUAGAAGACGGCUCAAUCGGAAUCGUGCUAACCAAAGACCCUGUUGACCAAAACCCAGACUCUCAAGCGUGUUCUUCUCGGGAGGUGAUGCUGAUCGUUAGCGUCACCGUCGCCAUCAAACUGCUCAUCGCCUCCAUUCUCUUAGUCAAGUUCCUCCUUUUCCCAUCGGAGUUCAAGGACGCGGCGCCCCCGUGUGGCUCGACGGGGAACUGCAGCGCCUUGGUCCAGCGGCCCUCCCCGUCCAAGAACCCUGACCAGCACAGAGUGAACAUGACCGCAGAAUGCUCGGGCCAGGCGAGUGACGGCAGGCGCAUCGUGGGGGGGACACCCGUGGCGGGGGCCGGCGAGUGGGUGUGGCAGGCCAGUUUGCAGUGGAGAGGAAGGCACGUCUGUGGGGGGGCCGUCAUCUCCCCGCGCUGGCUGAUCACCGCGGCUCACUGCUUUGUCGAGAACGACAUGCUGCAGGCGGCUGACUGGUUGGCGAUGGUGUCCACGCUCAGCAUCGCCGACGCCUCCCAGGGCCAAAGCUACCGCGCCCUGCAGGUGCUCCACCACCCCCGCUUCAACAGACACAACAACGACUACGACGUGGGCCUGCUGAGGACCGUCGUGGACGUCAGCAUGCGCGAUGGAGUACGACCAGUCUGUUUGCCAAGUGCCAGCGAGUCCUUUCUUCCUGGGACGCCAUGUUGGAUCACAGGCUGGGGAUACGAUCGUGAACAAGGUGUGGUGUCAGACCACCUCAGACAAGCGCAGGUGAAGGUGAUCGCUCAGUCCGACUGCUCCCACCCGAGCGUAUACGGCUUGCACUUGACGUCUCGGAUGAUCUGUGCCGGUUCCUUGGAAGGUGGAGUGGAUUCCUGCCAGGGCGACAGCGGGGGUCCUUUGGUGUGCAGGACGAGCGCGGGGCACUGGAGGUUGGCGGGGGUGGUGAGCUGGGGCGAAGGUUGCGGGCGGCGUAACAAGCCCGGCGUCUACAGCCGAGUCAGCCGCCUGAUUGGCUGGGUGAGCCAACACCUGCAGCAAGACGACAUGGACCACUUCAAAGAGUUCACAACGGUUGUGACGGACACAUCCUCACAACCCAACUGAGACCCGCAAAGGCCCCACAAGAUAAGACACCAAAUAAUGUGCACUGAUGAAAAACUACUGUAUGGUAAUCAACAACACAGUAGUGAAGAUCAUGGUCUUUGAAAUCCCUGGCCUGCAGAAACAGGAAGUUCUUUGGCAAGUUGGGGCGGAGGGCUUUGCUGCCCAAAACAGCAGAUAAAGGAUAAGGAGAGUGAAGUGAAAUGAAGUGAAUUAUAUUUAUAUAGCGCUUUUCUCUAGUGACUCAAAGCCCUUUACAUAGUGAAACCCAAUAUCUAAGUUACAUUUAAACCAGUGUGGGUGGCACUGGGAGCACGUGGGUAAAGUGUCUUGCCCAAGGACACAACGGCAAUGACUAGGAUGGCGGAAGCGGGAAUCGAACCUGCAACCCUCAAGUUGCUGGCACGGCCACUCUACCAACCGAGCUAUACCGGGCCGGAACAAGAAGUCAGAAGCACACUAAGUAAAUGAGACAAAAACAGAAAGAAGUACUGUAGAACUUCGAUUUACGAAUCCCUCUGUUUGCAAACUUUUCGAUUUACGAACUUUUAGACCGAGCCGGAUAUGCCUCCUUAUUUGAACCUUGUCUCUGUGUAUGAACGCUUUAUUCAUUUAUUUUGUCACGCCUGCAGGAAAAAAAAGCAGGGCUCAGCAUUUUAGUGGUUAGGCGUAGCCCCACACGUCACUUGCUGCAUAUUGCACUACUCUGCUGGUCACUACUCAGCGUGUGUGUCUUUUUGGAGGUUUUGUUUGCCUUUUGACAAGUUUUAUCCAUUUCGCCAAGUCAAUGUGAGUCCCUAAAAAGACAACAGACCAGUGUGAAAAGGAGGAGGGAAUCGCUGUGGAGACUUAUUUGCGACAAGUACAUUAAUGGCGGUCACACGUAUGGAAGGAUGGACAAAGCAAGUCCAAAGCAAGUUUUAAUUGUGAUUAAAAAUAUGCCCCAAGUGGAGGAGUUCAAGUACCUAGGAGUCUCGUUCACGAGUGAGGGAAGAGUGGAUCGUGAGAUCGACAGGCGGAUCGGUGCGGCGUCUUCAGUAAUGCGGACGUUGUACCGAUCCAUUGUGGUGAAGAAGGAGCUGAGCCGGAAGGCAAAGCUCUCAAUUUACCGGUCGAUCUACGUUCCCAUCCUCACCUAUGGUCAUGAGCUUUGGGUCAUGACCGAAAGGAUAAGAUCACGGGUACAAGCGGCCGAAAUGAGUUUCUGUGGCGGGGCUCUCCCUUAGAGAUAGGGUGAGAAGUUCUGCCAUCCGGGAGGAACUCAAAGUAAAGCCGCUGCUCCUUCACAUCGAGAGGAGCCAGAUGAGGUGGUUCGGGCAUCUGGUCAGGAUGCCACCCGAACGCCCCCCUAGGGAGGUGUUUAGGCCACGGGGAAGACCCAGGACACGUUGGGAAGACUAUGUCUCCCGGCUGGCCUGGGAACGCCUCGGGAUCCCCCGGGAAGAGCUAGACGAAGUGGCUGGGGAAAGGGAAGUCUGGGUUUCCCUGCUUAGGUUGUUGCCCCCGCGACCCGACCUCGGAUAAGCGGAAGAAGAUGGAUGGAUGGAUAAAAAUAUGCCAGAGCAGACUUGUUUCACAGCGUAGAGGAAGAGCCAGCUUCUGUACGUCUGCUCCUUGCUCGUCUAUUCCUCUUUUGUUGAUUUUACUUUUUACAUUUAUUAUUGUAGCAAUAUGGCUGUUUUGUGAUGUCUGAUCGUUUUUGAAGGCACCAAAGGGACUUCUGUGUGUGUGCGCAUGUUGGCAGAGCAGCACAUACAGGACAGUUCAGCUUCUUGUUGUUGUUGCUUUAGCUUGUUAAUAAAAAAAACGGUUUGAUAUGCAGUACUGCAUAUCACAUUAUAUUGUGUUCAAAGUGUACAAACUUUCACUAAAAUAGGGACUUUUGUUGAGGCUGGAACCAAUUAUUCAUAUUUACAUUAAUUCUUAUGGAGAAAUUUGCUUUAGUAUACGCAGUUUUUGAUUUGCGGAACCCGUUCAAGAAUUAAUAAAUUCAUACAUCGAGGUUGUAUGACGACUAGGUCACAUUUUACUGCGGGGGUUGUUCUCCCUAGAUGCAACAGGAACACCGGAGGUGAGGUGCAGGUAAGGCAAUUAUUUAUUGUCUAUGAAAUCAUGCAAAAUACAAACGACCGAAAAGCGUACCGAUAUUCUCGGGAGCUAUGGCGAAGCUUAAAGGCACAGGGACAGGAAUCAAAAGUCAUAGAAAGUUACUUAGCGUACGGGUUGCAUAGAAGCAAGUACAAAAUGUCGUCACUGUUGCGAAAUGCUAACAAGGAAGCCAGACUGAUUGUGGAAAGAAAUGGGAAUAAAUAGCUCUCUGAUUAGUGCCCAGGAGCAGGUGAGAUAAAUCAGGUCAGAAUUAAGGUUUUAGAAUGGCCUUUACAAAGUCCUUACUUAAACGUUUGGACAAUAUUGAAGAAACAAGUUCAUGUCAGAAAACCAACAAAUUUUGCUGAACUGCACCAAUUUUGUCAAGAGGAGUGGUCAAUAAUUCAACCAGAAGCUUGUGGAUGGCUACCAGAAGCGCCUUACUGCAGUGAAACUUGCCAAGGGACAUGUAACCAAAUAUUAACAUUGCUGUUUGUAUACUUUUGGCCCAGCAGAUUUGCUCACAUUUUCAGUAGACCCAUAAUAAAUUCAUAAAAAAAAACAAAAAAAACUUCAUGAAUUUUUUUUGUGACCAACAAGUAUGUGCUUCAAUCACUCUAUCACAAAAAAAUAAGACUUGUAGAAAUCAUUGGAAACUCAAGGCAGCCAUGACAUUAUUUUCUUCACAGGUGUAUGCUUCCACCCGAUUGUAGCUGAG